AGUCCUGCCCUGCCCGCCCUGCCCUGCCCUGCCCUGCCCAGGCUGUGGGCGAGGCUGGUCCUGGGGCGAGUGGGUGGGAGGUCCCAGCUACUGGGCUGGGCCUGCCCAGCAUGAUCCCUCCCCGGCACCUUGGCCCCUGACCCCCAUUUGCUCACACCUAGUUCUUUUCCAGCACCUCCUGGCCUUCCUCCCUUUGCCCCCUCCUCUCUUUCCCCUUCCUGCCCCUUGCCGGUGCCCUUUUUCCUUUCCAUCCAUCUUAAGGGAACUGGCUCUGUUCCACCGCGGGAGGGGUGUUGCACACCCGGGUUUCCCUCAAGCUUAGGGAGAGAUCCUUCUCAGAAGUCUGGACUCCCUCCUGUCCUCGGGAGAUCUUAGCCAGGAUGGAGGCUGUUGUGAACUUGUACCAGGAAUUGAUGAAGCGUGCAGAUCCCCGGAUCCAAAGCUACCCUCUGAUGGGGUCCCCCUUGCUAAUAACAUCCAUCCUUCUGACUUAUGUGUACUUCGUCCUAUCACUUGGGCCUCGAAUCAUGGCUAAUCGGAAGCCCUUCCAACUUCGAGGCUUCAUGAUUGUCUACAAUUUCUCACUGGUGUUACUCUCCCUCUACAUUGUCUAUGAGUUUCUGAUGUCUGGUUGGCUGAGUACCUACACCUGGCGCUGUGACCCUGUAGACUUUUCCAAUAGCCCUGAAGCACUUCGGAUGGUUCGAGUGGCCUGGCUCUUCAUGCUUUCCAAGGUCAUUGAGCUGAUGGACACAGUGAUAUUUAUUCUCCGGAAGAAGGAUGGGCAAGUGACCUUCCUGCAUGUCUUCCAUCACUCCGUGCUUCCCUGGAGUUGGUGGUGGGGGAUAAAGGUUGCUCCAGGAGGAAUGGGUUCUUUCCACGCCAUGAUAAAUUCCUCUGUACAUGUUGUCAUGUACCUCUACUACGGACUGUCUGCCCUUGGCCCUGUGGCUCAGCCCUACCUUUGGUGGAAAAAACAUAUGACAGCCAUUCAGCUGAUCCAGUUUGUCCUGGUCUCACUGCACAUCAGCCAAUACUACUUCAUGCCCAGCUGCAACUACCAGUACCCACUCAUCAUCCACCUCAUCUGGAUGUAUGGCACCAUCUUCUUCAUCCUCUUCUCCAAUUUCUGGUAUCACUCUUACACCAAGGGGAAGCGGCUGCCCCGUGCAGUUCAGCAAAAUGGAGCUACCACCAAGGUCAAGGCCAACUGAGAAGCAUGGCCUAGACAUUGCCCACCUAAGUGCCUCAGGACUGCACCUUGGGCAGCAUCCACAAGUGUCCUCUCUACCUAGACCCAGGGCUCUUGUGGUCAGGACUGAGUAGGCGGACUGGCUCUCCCCUCCCUACAGCGGGUCUACAAGAGACCACUGUUCCCAUUCCUUCUCCCAGCCAGCUCCAGGGAUGUGGCCUUACUGCUGUCUGCCACCAGAACUGGAGGCUGAAAGGGCUGGACACUUACUUCCCCCUCCCUGCCUUAAACUUGGGAGAGGAACACUCAGGGCUGGCCCGCACCCGGGUCUUGUGGCCUUUCUCCUCACACUGAAGAGGUCAGCAAUAAUCUGUCACUGUGGACUCAGGCUCCCUUUUCACUCCACAUUGAAGCAUGAGCUUCUGGGCCAAAGGUCAGGAUGGGCAGGCAGCAGGCCUGGCAGUGCAGGCUGUGCACUCACUUGUGUCUUAAUUAAAGUGACAGGAAACCACUGA